AUGUCGAACAAACGAAUUGCGACCGGCGACACCAUCUUUGCAAGCCAACUGUUCACCAGACAGGAGCUUGUGGGACGUGGAGCCUACGGUGCUGUAUAUAAAGGGAUAGAAAACGCAACGCAACAAGUGGUCGCCAUCAAAGUGCUUAACCUCGAUACAGAGGAAGACGACGUUUCCGACAUCCAACGAGAAAUUGCGACUCUUUCUCAGCUCAAGAACUGCGACUCUCAAAAUAUAACACGAUAUCAUGGCAGUUUUCUAAAUGGGACUAAAUUAUGGAUCGUCAUGGAUUAUGCUGCAGGAGGAAGUAUACGAUCACUGUUACAAGCUUUGAACAAGAUCGAUGAGAAGUGCAUAGCGGUCAUUGCCAGGGAGGUUCUCCAAGCGCUAAGCUACCUCCACAAGCACGGUAUCAUCCAUCGAGAUAUCAAAGCGGCCAACAUUCUCUUGACGGACGAAGGACGAGUGCAACUCUGUGACUUUGGAGUUGCGGGUCAGGUGACAAUGAACUCGUUGAAACGCAAUUCAUUCGUUGGUACUCCAUAUUGGAUGGCCCCAGAAGUGAUUAAAGGCCAAACAUAUGACUAUAAGGCAGAUAUUUGGUCAUUGGGGAUCACUAUAUACGAAAUCGCAACAGGAAACCCACCAUUCGCCGAUCAGGAUCCUAUGCGAGCAAUGUCGUUGAUUCCAAAGACCAGGCCAGCUCAAUUGGAAGGUGAUUGGUCACCAGCAAUGAAGGAAUUUGUUGCCUUGUGUCUACAUGAAGACCCUAUUCAGCGACCAUCGGCAGAGGACUUAUUAAAAACAAAAUGGAUCAAGAACACUAGCAAGAAUCCUACAGCUCUAUUGAAGGAUCUUGUAGCGAAGUUCGAGCAGCAUAAACUAGAUUCUGCCUUGAAUAAGGUCGAAAACAAUAGGUAA